AUUGUAAAGAAGGCUGCUGGCUGCCAGUCUGCAAAAUCAGUGUGACUGCAGGGAGGCGGCAGGAUCUCACCUGGAAGCGCGCAUCUUAUUUCUCCUGCCUGCAUGUUCUACGGAUGUGUGUCAGUAGGCUGGGAUUCCAUUUCUUAAUGUCGGAUUAGACGGCUCGGCUAAAUACGAAAUGUGCGAAAACACAUUUCGAUCCUAAUCGGCGCUUGUUCCAGCUGUCCUUCCACAUGAGAAGUUUGACUGUAGCGGACUGAGCUGCUGAGGAAGAGGAAGACUCUGGACUGUUCGCUGGUUGGGAAAGCCGGGAAUAAGGACACUGAAGGGUUGCAUGCCUCAAUACCAAGAAUCUGCACCGAGCGAGAGACCUCUGCUAAGGAGACACAGAGACGUAUCUGGAGAAUGGAGGACAGAAGCGAGGAAGACUGUGUGCAGGAGAACGGACGAAGUGACGAGACGAAGAGCAAACCCAGCGGCUCUCCAUGCACCAGUCUGAAGAUGUUUCUGGUAGCAUUGUCAUUCGCCUAUUUUGCCAAGGCUCUGUCGGGGAGCUACAUGAAGAGCACAAUAACUCAGCUGGAAAGACGCUUUGACAUCCCCAGCUACCUAAUAGGAGUCAUUGAUGGGAGCUUUGAGAUAGGUAAUCUGCUGGUGAUAGCUUUCGUCAGUUACUUUGGGGCUAAGCUUCAUAGACCAAAGGUAAUAUCUUUGGGAUGCUUAUUGAUGUCUUUUGGCACCUUCAUCAUUGCUCUGCCCCACUUCAUCAUUGGACGCUACGAGUUUGAAACGUCAGUGAGAUGGGUGGUGAACUCGACGCACAACUCAUCUCCCUGUCAGGGAGAUUCAGCGGGAGACCAACCUGGUAUUUCACCUCAAGUGCCAUCCACAGUCUGCGAAGGCGAGUCCAACUUAUCAAUGUGGAUAUACGUGCUCCUGGGGAAUGUCUUGCGGGGGAUCGGGGAGACACCCGUUCAGCCCCUGGGGAUCUCUUACAUCGAUGAUUUUGCUACAGAAGAGAAUGCAGCACUUUACGUUGGCUGUGUCCAGACCAUCUCAGUUGUCGGCCCUGUGUUUGGAUACCUGCUAGGCUCCCUUUGUGCCAAGAUUUACGUGGACAUUGGGUUUGUGAACAUGGACACCAUCACCAUUACACCAGCAGAUGCCCGAUGGGUGGGUGCCUGGUGGCUGGGCUACCUCAUAGCUGGGGUCAUAACUUUGCUCUCUGCCAUCCCGUUCUGGUUUCUGCCCCGAUCUCUGCCCACAGCUGGUUCUAGGGUCCAAAAGAUGGGCACUCAGGAGGAAGCAAGUUUCAUCAAGGACACUCCCCAUCCUAAGUACAAGUAUCAAGCAGAGGAGCACAGCAGUUUUGUAGAAAUGGCUAAAGACUUUAUUCCAACCCUGCGAACUCUUCUUGGACACCCCGUGUAUGUGAUCUACUUGUGUGUGGUCGUCAUCCAGCUGAACUCCCUCAUUGGCAUGGUCACGUACAAGCCCAAGUACAUCGAACAGCAUUUCAGGCAGUCUGCCUCCAAGGCUAACUUUCUCAUGGGUGUGAUCAAUAUCCCUGCUGUGGCACUGGGGAUGUUUUCUGGUGGUCUGCUGAUGAAGAGGCUGAAACUGAACAUCAUGGGAGCAGCAAAGUUUGCCUUUUGCACCUCCUUGAUUGGAUAUGUCCUGUCAAUGUUCUUUUUCACAAUGAGCUGUGAGAACGCCAAAGUAGCCGGAGUGACGGUAUCAUACAACAAUGUGGAUAGUGUAUCCUAUGACAACCACUCACUUAUCAUGCCCUGCAACUUGAAUUGCUCUUGUUCAUCGAGUGAGUGGGACCCAGUCUGUGGUCAAAAUGGCAUCACGUAUGUCUCUCCUUGUCUGGCUGGAUGCAAUACUUCCACAGGCUCGGGGAAAAACACACUCUUCUCUAACUGUAGCUGUGUCGGUGGGACUGGUAACUUUACGGCCGGGACAGGUCAGUGCCUCAACAAGGAGGACUGCGACAGGAUGUUUCCGUACUUCCUAGCUCUCUCUGUCAUAACUUCCUUCAUCAUCUCGCUUGGUGGGACUCCAGGAUACAUGUUUCUCAUCAGGUGCAUAAAACCACAAUUGAAAUCUCUGGCACUUGGUUUUCAUGCUUUGGCAACACGUACACUUGCAGGGAUCCCAGCCCCCAUCUACUUUGGAGCAAUUAUAGACACCACCUGCCUAAAAUGGGGUCAGAAAAGAUGCGGAGGCAUCGGAGCUUGCAGGAUCUACAAUACCUCCGCCUACAGGAUCGCUUACCUGGGCCUGACUCUGAGCCUACGGACUGUCUCCUUCAUCAUUUGCAUCCCGGGCUUCAUCCUGCUCAGCCGGCAGCUGAAGGAGGAGGAGAAAAAAAACGUCCUACACGAGGCCCUGACGAACGGCGGGACCGAACUGGACGUGCUCAGAAAAGAGGAGUUUGUGGUUUUGAAUUCCGAUCAAGCCAUGCACACGACGGACAACAGCACAGACAGGCACACCCAGCUGUGACUGCUGAGAAACAGGAAAGACUCCAAGUGUCUGUCUUAUGAGAAAGUACAUCCAAAGCAUGUACCCAGCGAUGCACACACACACACACACACACACACGUGAAUACAUGCCACCACAUAUACCUAUACAUAGAAAUACACACAUGCGUACAAGAUUUGCAGGGAAUCAAUUUCUGUUAUCUCAUGUCGACCAUAAAAUCUAUAAUUGUACCGUUGAAUGUGUGGUGUUGAGACUGGCAGAAAUUUAACCCGCCUGACAAAUUCAUGGAAUGUACAUUCUGCUGUUUGUCCUCAAACAAUCCGGACACAAGGCUCAGAGUGGAAACGUGACCAGGAAGCGGCCACUGCUACAACACUCCAGUUUGUCUUAUGCACCAGCAUCUGUUAAGCUGCCUCUGUAGGUAGUUAUGUUAAAUGAAAGAGUUCUCCAAGGAGGUAAAGUGGCCUUAGAAGUGAGAGGCACGGCAGGCUUUGAAAGAAAUGUUAUUUUUCUUUUUUUUUAAUUUAUUUAUCGGUUUUGACGGGUUCUUGGGAGGUUUUUUGAGGGUUUGCGGUUGUUGAUGUCAUGUUAAGUACACAGUAUGUGCCUCAUUCACUCAACAGUUACCUCUGUGUGCCAUCUGUCCUCUUGACUCACAUGUGAACAGUUAUCCAUUGAAAUUUUUAAGCUGCUGGUCUAUAAAAUUGCAUAGAAAAGUGUUUACAUUUUUAAAUGUAGUGCAAAACAGACUUUGCCUUUAAUACCCCCACCCCCCGUCCUACAAAGUCUGAUUUGAUUGUAUUUCUGUGUUAUGUCCUUAUGGAGUUAAAAAAAAAAAACAACAAAAAACUUUGAAAUUCACAACCUAUACAAAUUAAAAUUUAUGUUUCAACAUAAUCUGCUCAAAAGAAGUUAAGCGAUUAUGAUUUGAAUAUCCACAAUCCCUUCAGUGUGCUUUACAAUCUAAUUCUGCAAAACAUUUUUUUUAAGAAAACAUACCAUACUCAAACUCUUUCUAGUUUUCAGAAAAAAAAAAAAUGUGUUAAUUAUUGUGUUUUAAUGAUUGGUGUUGCACCAGUUAGUUAUUGCUAUUCUCUGUGUUGAGUGUUUUUGGGGCACGUGGAUAAGUAAAAGUAUGUGAAGUGGAACUACAGGGAGGAUUUCUGGAUGUUUUAUAUCUUCAGUGAUUGAAUAUGCUCUGUUGGUUAGUUGUUUUUUUGUACUUUUCUGUGAGAUUGAGGUAAUUUGUGCCAAAAACACUGAAUCAUUCUGAUCUCUCAGGUUUUAUUCCCAGAUUAAGCUUGUGUUCUCAAUAACCAGAAGCCAUUUUUUGCAAAUUAGACGGUCUCUCAAAGUAAUAUUAGAAACUGUAUUUUAAAUGUUUUAACGAUACUCGAAAAUGCACCGAACAUUUUAUAUUAGAAAUAAUACUAGAAAAACGCCUAAAUUUCAUGCCUUAAGUUUGUAAAUUCAAAGUAUGAAACUUAUAGUAGCAGUACAAUGGGAAGGUCUAGUUUAUUUUGUAGUUCUAAAUCUGAGAAAUACAAACCUUAUGAUUGUAACCUUCUGUAAGUCAUGUCAGAAACUAAAAAUCAGGGAUUAAAGUGUAAAAGUAACCUAAACUUAUUUUAUAUAUGUCUAUAUAUAUAUAUAUAUAUAUGUAUAUAUAUAUACAUAUAUAUAUAUAUAUAUAGACAUAUAUAGUUCUGGAAAAAAUUAAGAGACCACUUAAAAUGAUCAAUUUCUCUGAUUUAGCUUUUUAUAGGAAUAUAUUUGAGUAAAAUGAACAUUGUUAUUUUAUUCUGUGAACGUCUGACAACAUGUCUCCGGAAUUCCAAGCAGAAAUCUUGUAUUUAUGUACAGAAAAUGAGAAAUGAUCAAAAUCAGUGCUUUCAAAGCUCAAAUAAUGCAAAGAAAAACAAGUUCAUAUUCAUUUAGAAACAACAAUACUCAUGUUUAAACUCAGGAAGAGUUCAGAAGUCCAUAUUUGGUGCAACAACCAUGAAGGUUUCCAAUGGGGUUCAAUACAGUGGUCUCUUAAUUUUUUUUCAGAGUUGUAAAUUAAAAAUUGAUUUUGUUGUGGUUGAGUUUUGGCAAACAAUAAAAGCCGCUGUAACCUCAGUCUGGUUGACAAAGAUUUUUGCCUUUUGUUGAAAUUGCUCUGGAUUUUUAGCUCUGAAGCUCAGACGGGACUCCCCAUUUUAUUGUUUUUAUUACAUAAAAUUUGAAAACUUGUUAAAUUCAUAGAUUGCAAAGUGAAGCAUCAGAAGCAAUAUCAAUAUAUUUUGAGCCACUGCUUCUACUGUUCAGACUUAGUAUUAGUCAAAACAGAGCAGUGGGAUUUCAUCAGAUUGGCUUUAAGUGCUAAUGGGCUCUUGACUCAGUCUUUCCAUCUUUUCUUCAGUCAUAGUUGCUUUGGACUAACAUUAAAAAAGCAUUAAAUGUGUGACAGUAGUCUUGUAGGAUUAAAUUGUGAAAAACGGUGGGAACUGGGUUUUUUCGCCCCACUUGGAGAGAGAGAAAAGCAUAACGGCCGUUUUGCUUUUCUGUGUUUAAGUGUUUUCUGCACAACGAGGAACCUUUGUGUGAUUAUAACCAAAUCAGAUGCUACAGUGGUGCUUUGCAAGAUCAAUGCUUGGAUUUGUUGUUUUUAUGGUUGUAAUGUAACUGUUAAUUUAUUUUUACUAAUUACGAAGCAACCGAGUUCAAGGAUUUGGAAGUAUGGUUCAUAAUCCUCGUCACGCAAUCUCAUCAUCAUUUAAAGGCUUUUAUUGACGUCUCAAAAGAUUCAUCUGAGGUUUUUACCAUUGUCUCUAUCGAAAGUGUGUUUUUGUCCAUCUUUUGCUGUUUUGUUGUUCAGGUUCAGUAAGGCAGACGGGGAGUGAGCCGCUCACAGGAAGGAAAAAAAAAACAUUACACCAAUAAAAUAUAAAAGGCAUUCAGCUGCAUUAAAGUAACCAGAUUGUAAAUACAUUUCCUGGAUUAUUUUUGUAAAAUGUGAAGGAAUAUCAUAAACGUCAAUCAAAAAUAAACAUUUAUUAUCAAAAAAAAAAAUAAUCCAAUCAUGGUUUUGGUGGUGUUUAUUAAUGAAAGAACCCAAACAAAGCACAGGAUAAACAAACCUAUCUUUUAUUAAAGCGCAGCUAAAAAGGCACUUCAACUGAAUGUCUUUGUACAAAAGAAAACAACCUGGACAGGUCAUGCAAACCAUGCUGUGAAUCACUACUUCAACUUCCUUAGCAUGGAGAACGAGGAAUCACAGUGACAUACGUUAUCCAAAAAUAACGGAAAGAUGCUUAAUAAAAUAAUCAUACAUUCCUGUUUUGUAAACCAUAAGUGUGAAAUACAGUGCAACCACUAUAGUAGCCUAGGAACCCAUUAGGGUAGGAAACACGUUAAAAAACACAAAUCUAUUUUGACAUUUUAGUUAUAUCCAUCCAUACGCUUUAUUUAUCAUUAAUGGGUGAAAGCUAAGAAGGAUGUUUUUUUUGUUUUUUUUUUACAUUCUACUACAUGGCAGAAUUAUGAGAACAUUGUAAAUG